CUCCGUAGUCAUUUAGGCUCGAGUUUUGGUUCACAUUGUUUUUAGACUCGCUGUCGCUUCGAUCUUGCGUUGCCGAAGGCGACGGAUUCCCAUUAGGAAAUGGCGCGCGCGAUUCCCGGCGUUGUGGCUGUGGUGGCGCUGUUGCUGGGCUCUGCCCGCGGCGACGAGCAAUGCGACCAGGACAGCUUGUUGGCCCUCAGCCAUCGCAAGCGGGCUUUGAUCACUGAGAACAAGAGCGGUGCGGCCUGCGGCAACACGGGGCAGACAUGCGCGUCUUGCCAGGUGUGCGUGGGCGGCAUGAAGAGCUACGCCUGCGCGGGCUCUUGUGCAGUCAAUGAUGCCUGCGGGCCUGGGGACAGCCCGGGUUCUUGUCCAACGUGCGCUGACAGGGUACAGACUCUCGUCCAGAACGGCAUGGGAGUGGGGGAUGCCAUGUCGUCGGUAGGCCAGAACUACGGGUGGACUGAGCCAGGGUGCGGAUGCCUGUCUUCUCCGCCAGAAAGCUGCUACUGCGGCAAUACGGGCAUACAGUGCGUGGUUGGUGAAGUAUGCGUGGGUGGCAUGAAGUCGUACGCCUGCGCGGGCUCGUGCGCCACCAACGACGCGUGCGGGCCUGGGGACAGCCCGGGCAAUUGCCCGACGUGCGCCGACAGGGUACAGACUCUCGUCAACAACGGCAUGGGAGUGGGGGAUGCCAUGUCGUCGGUGGGGCAGAACUACGGGUGGACCGAGCCAGGAUGCUCGUGCAUGAGGUGACGAUGAUUGACCAGGAUGCCGCUGGCAUACGAUUCUGGAGCAGGGUGAUCGUGAAUAGGCACUUUUUUGGAACAGCGAUUUUAUCGCCUGGCGUUGCAUGAAGCGAUGUCGGCGCUAAGCAUCUUUGGCGUUGCAGCUCAGUUGCAUCUGUUCCACGAUGCCGAGAGACGGGCGCGGCGGGAGACCCCCGCACCGCUGAGUCGGGCGCGGGGGUCACCGCUGAGUCGGGCGUCUUGCCAGGCCAUCAGGGCCAUGAAGACCUGAUUUUAAGGAUCGGCGGAUAUGGGCUGGUAGAAUUCAUUUAGGAUAUUCCGCCAGUUCCUGGGCUCUAGCUGUCCAGCAGGCGAGUUUAGCUGGCUGCCCAGCUGGGGCUCAAAGUUUACGCUGAGUUCACAGAGACCAACCCGGGCUUUGUGCUAGUUGCGUGCCAGUGCCAUGCCAUCGUCGUGGCACAAAAACUG